AUAUAUUUUUUAAGUAAUAAAACAAUGCAUUAAAAAAAUGAAUAGUAGGGGAAUCGCGGAUUGGGUGCAGACAUGGCCAAGUCCAAGAACCACACCACACACAACCAGUCCCGAAAAUGGCACAGAAAUGGUAUCAAGAAACCCCCAUCACAAAGAUACGAGUCUCUUAAGGGGGUGGACCCCAAGUUCCUGAGGAACAUGCGCUUUGCCAAGAAGCACAACAAGAAGGGCCUAAAGAAGAUGCAGGCCAACAAUGCCAAGGCCAUGAGUGCACGUGCCGAGGCCAUCAAGGCCCUCGUAAAGCCCAAGGAGGUUAAGCCCAAAAUCCCAAAGGGUGUCAGCCGCAAACUCGAUCGACUUGCCUACAUUGCCCACCCCAAGCUUGGGAAGUGUGCUUGUGCACGCAUUGCCAAGGGGCUCAGGCUCUGCCCGCCAAAGGUCAAGGUCAAGGCCAAGGCCAAGGCCAAGGAUCAAACCAAGGCCCAGGCUUCAGCUCCAGCUUCAGUUUCAGCUCAGGCUCUCAAAGGUGCCCAGGCCCCUACAAAGGCUUCAGAGUAGAUAUCUUUGUCUGCCAAUGUGAGGACAGAAGGACUGGUGUGACCCCCUCCCCGGGGCUGCCAUCUGCAUGGGGCUGGGGUCCUCCUGUGCUAUUUGUACAAAUAAACCUGAGGCAGGAUUAAAAAAAAAAAAAAAAAAGAAUAGUAACUAGAAUUGAAAAAGUCCUGGCUCUAUCACUAGAUGUGUCUUCGUCAGUAAGCCAUUGAAUUUCUGAGAGCUCUCAGAAAUCCUGCAAUGGGGGAAGAGCCUAAACACCCCGCUCCCAGGUCCCUAAUCUCCCAGGAGAUUAAAGGGACUGUGGGAUAGGAAAGCACUUUGGAAAUCGUAAAUAGCUACAACAAAGUUAAUUGCUAUUCUCAUUAGAGAUGUGAUGCUUUUAGUGGCUUUGAUCAUUAAUAAUAACUCACAUCCAGGACUGUGCGCUGUAGUUUUAAGUUUCUGUUGAUUCUUAUUGUAUUUUGAUUUAUUAGGUCCAACUUAAUUUACUUCAGGCCAAGGCAGUAGAUUGUGUGCUGAGUAAAUAAUAAAGAUAAUUGGGAUGCACUUAACAGUCAGAAGGGAAUUGUCCCCAGUUAGUCAUUUGUUUUUCUAGCACAGAAAAAAAGCACAGUUCUUACUGUAUCUGAAAGAUAUUUUGGUAGGAAUGCUCAUCAAGACUAAGCUUGCACUCGAGUCCCUUUCUUAGGAGUAGUUUUUGCCCGCAUCAUAAUUUCAGAACAUGAGAUACUUGGAAUGCUUUUCAUCAUUGAGGUUUACUUCUCUUUAUAUGGAACAUAGUUUCUACCUGAAAAAUCAAGACUUAUAGUUAAUUGUUUUCCCUUUUGGAAGCCUGAGGUUUGUUUCUAAGUAUUUCCAGUGUUUUGUUCUUUAAGGAACACAUGCUUAUGAAAAAACACAAAUACUUUGAGCAAAAAGUCUUCUGUGUCUCCCUUCUGCAAGUUGAGCUUGCAGAUCAGAGUGGAGCUCUGGUCUAUUUGCAUUCGAGAGGGAUGCCUUCUAGGCAAAUACAGCAUGCUAGAUAUGUCAGUAUUGGGUUGCUUGGAACUCCUUAGGCUAAAGAAACAUUCCUUUGAAGAGCUCGGUAGAGCUCCCAGCCACGAGGAUGCCAGGCUUAUUUGCAGCAUGGCUUUUACUCUCUGUAAUGAAUCCGCAGGGCAUCUCUCUGGAAAGAAGCAAAAUAUAGCAAACUGCCUGUUGAUUGUGAUUCUACAGUAUUUUUGCAUUGAAGAAAAUUGCUUACUUCAGACACCUGGGGAGGGGCUUUUUGGGUAGCAUUCACGUGGAGAUCCUUGAAAAUAUUGUUUUUUACACCAAAAUGAAUGGGUGUUUUGUGGUUGUGUGAUUCAGUAACUAUGAUUCUUCUUAUUUUAUUUAUUUGUCCUUUAGAAGGUAUCGUGGUGCUAUGUCUCUGUUAUAAGGAGUUAUCUUAAAAAAAAAAAAAAAAAAGGCAGUGACUUGAAAUGAGUGGUAGGAAUAACAGUAUGUCCCACCUCAUCACCACCCCACAGGACUAAUGUGUUCUUUUAAUGGGUCUGGUUUGUGUGGAUGGUUUCACCUUCGUUGGUUUCCAGCUGAAAGUGCUGGUGGGCAGUUGCUGCAGAUGAUUAACACAACUACCUAGCUGCCCAUAUUCUUAUUAACAUUAAAUUACCCUUGUCUUAAAUCUCUUUUUAUUCAAUUUCUUUCAUUGAUUGUUAGAUGUUUUUACCUUUUUCCCCCAAGGUCUACCAUAUUUCUUCACAGCACCCAUGGUAAUUAUUAGGAUAGUAGGCAUAUCUGGGGUUUACAGUGCUUGUUUACUUGAAAAAGAUUUUUUCAGUUUCAGGUAUAUAGUUACUUCAAAUAAUGUAACACUACCAUAAUUAAUGUAACUAUAAUAAAAUAACCUAACUGUAAUUAUCUCAUGCAGAAUAAUCAUUUGAACAUUCCAAAAGAGAUAUAAAGAGAGUUCGACUGGGCGUGGUGUCUCACAUCUGUAAUUCUAGGACUUUGGGAGGCUGAGGCAGAUGGAUCACUUGAGCCCAGGGAUUCAAGACCAGCCUGGGCAGCAUGGUGAAACUUUAUUAAAGAAACCUGGCAAAACUUUAUUAUUUAAAAAAAAAAAAAAAAAAGAUAAAAGGGAAAUAGGCCCAAAUCCCUAUCUACCAAAAGUUUUACAGCCUAGUCUUAUUUAUUUUUUAGAAAAGUCUGGGCUGAUGAAUACUUUUUUAAAAGUCAGCUUUUAGGCCGGGCGCGGUGGCUCAAGCCUGUAAUCCCAGCACUUUGGGAGGCCGAGGCAGGUGGAUCACGAGGUUAAGAGAUCGAGACCAUCCUGGUCAACAUGGUGAAACCCCGUCUCUACUAAAAAUACAAAAAAUUAGCUGGGCAUGGUGGCGCGUGCCUGUAAUCCCAGCUACUUGGGAGGCUGAGGCAGGAGAAUUGCCUGAACCCAGGAGGUGGAGGUUGCGGUGAGCUGGGAUCGCGCCAUUGCACUCCAGCCUGGGUAACAAGAGUGAAACUCUGUCUCAAAAAAAAAAAAAAAUCAGCUUUUAAAGCAUAUGCAGAUUUGAUCCUUGCUUUCCUUACUUGACAGGACCCCCCUUUUGGAGCUUUUGGCUAUCGUCGAGAAAAUAUAGCAAUUAAAAACCAUUAUGAUAAUAGUUACAGAAAUGUAGUACUUACAGUGUGGCAGGUACUAUUCUAUGUGUUGUUUAUGUUAAUUGAUUUAAUUUAAAAAUACAGAGAUCUUCACAUAAGGUAUGACAGGAUAAAUUUUAUUCCACUAAAGGGAGUAGGGUGUGGAGGUGGGGGUUGUCUGGUUCUAACAGGAUUUCCCCUGUCCUUUGCUGCUGCUCCUGUUUUAUAUAACUCUGGGCUGUAACCCCUCCACCACACCUUCUGCACCCUCCUCAUAGUGCUGUGGGAACUCUUCCAAUGUCUCUUUCAUCCUGCAGACAGCAGGGUUCUUGACUUGGACUCAUACAGUUCUUACAGGCGGAAUCAGAGGCAUUCUGCAGAAGCUAUAGUUUCACUGAGAUUGGUAAUUGGACAAAACUACUGAACUCUCAGGCUGUGACGAGCUUUUUGCAUUAGACUAGUGGGUGGGUCUGAUGCUCUUUGGCUGCUGGGACACUCAAGGAAGGAUUGGAAGAGAAGGACAAGGAGAGUCCUCAGAAAUGGGGUCCUACUGCUUAUAAGGUUGUGCAUGCUCUCUUAGGAAGUCAUGUAGAUUAGGCCAGUACCUAAUGUUCCCUCUACAUGGCAGAGAGAGGACAGAAAGCCAUUAGAGGAGAGAAGGCUAUUGGUCUGGGUGUUUAUUUUAUGCCUGCUGCAUCUCUAACAGCUCCUGGGCUUUGGAAGGAGAGUUUUGGGUGCUCUGGACGGAGUGUGGGUUUCUGAGUCAGAGGGAACUUGAGGUUGGCCCCUUAUGCUGCUGCUUACUACUUGUGUAGAUGUGGGCAAAUUAUCUAAUCCCCUGCAUUCUUCAUCUUUUCAUCAAAUUCAACAAAUAUUAAGUGCCUGCUAUAUGUGGCUGAUAUAGUCUUGAACAAAACAAUUACUGCUCUCAAGGAACUAGAGAGGGUGCCAAACAGUAAACAAAAUGAAUAAAUACACUAUAUAGAUAGCAAUAAAUGCUAAGACUGCAAUUUUAAAUAGGGUAGUCAGAGAAGGCAUCACUGAUUAGGUAACAUUUGUGCAAACACCUGCAGGACCUAAGGGAGAAGGCUGUUCAGCUAGCUGGUGAUAAGAGCAUUCCUUGUGGAGGGACCCUAGUGCAGAGGCCUUGAGGCAGCGGUGUGCCUGGUAUGCUGGAAGAGAAGCAAGGAGGCUGGUGUGGCCGGAGCAGAGUGAGCAGGGGAGCAGCAGGUGAUGUGAUCAGAGAGGCAAGUGGGCAGUAGAUGGUGGAGUACUUUGAAGACCAUUGUACAAACCUGGGCACUUACUCUGGGUAAAAUGAGACAGUGGUGGUGGGAGAGAGGGUGCUUGAGUACGAAAGUGACAUGGUUUGACUCGAGGUUUAAAGGAUCACCUUGGCAGUUGUAUUGAGAUAGUGUGGGGAGGGGAAAGGAAGGACAGAAACAGAAAGACCAAGCAUGGGGCUGUUGAGCAUCCAGGUGAAAGGUGAUGGAGGCCUGCAUCAAGAUGGCAGUUGUAAACAAGGGAGAAUGGUCGUAUCCAUUUAAUAAUAACCAGCUGAUGGGAUGCUGUGAGGUUAAAUAGGAAGCAUAGGGAACGUGGGCUUGUAGGCUCUUCAGAGAGGGUAGCUGCUGCUCUGAUUAUUAAGACGUUUGUUGUAGGACAGACUCUCUCUUUUUUGUAGUCAGGGUCUCACUCUAUUGCCCAGCUGGAGUGCAGUGGCACAAUCAUAGCUCUCUGCAGUCUUGAACUCCUGGGCUCAAGAGAUCCUCUGCCUCAACUUCUUGAGUAGCUUGGAUACAGAUAUGUGCUACCAUGCCUGGCUAAAUUAAACAAAAAUUAUAGCAACGUGGCCUCGCUAUACUGACCAGGCUGGUCUCAAACUCCUGGACUCAAGCAAUUCUCCUGCCUUGGCCUCCCAAAGUACUAGGAUUAUAAGUGUGAGCUACUGUGCCUGGCUGAAGGACAGUCUUGAAGUAAAGGAAACAAAUUGGGGAUUUGCCCAUCCAGUCUGCAGCAGCAGUGUGGGGAAUAGAACUCAGACCUUCUGGCUUUAAACCAAAUAGAAGGCCUCCUGCCUUUCCCUUUAAUAAAAAUCUAAAUCACUGUGAAAUCACAGCUUGGAAAUGCUCAAUUAAAUCGUGUGCAUGUCACAGAGCUUCUGAUAUCACAGCUUCUUUUUUUGGCUUCACCUUAUACCAUGUGAGCUUGAAGUAUAAAGCAGCGAGCUUGAUUUCCAUGAGUCACACAGGUGUCCACAGGUAAGUUUUGCAGCUGAUUGGCCCAUUAGUCCAUUGUAAGUUAGCCUUUAUGGUUUUAGUUUCCCUUUGUGUCCUCCCCUUGCCCUUUCUUCUCUGCAGGCAGAGUGGGUCUAACCCUAACCACCCUGGCGCUAUGUUGGCUCUCCAUUUCCUUACCCAACAUCUGUAUUUCUGCCUUCUCCAGGGGCUGUCCUCCCGUAUGCUCUAUCUGUGCAAUUUCAGCACUUGCCACCCAUCCUGAAGUUCUUAGAGAUUGAAUAGUUGGAAAAUAAACAGUGGAGGGAUCAUUGUAUUUGCAUAUUUUAGUGUUCUUAAAAGAUACAGGAUUUCUGUUGAGAGUAAGGGAUCACUACAGGAAACAGCAACCCCUCUAGGCAUUUUAAGCAGAAGGAGACAGAAUUGAGUGCUCACAGAAUCACUGGCAGGGCUGAGCCCUCAGAGCAACUCCCAGAAGAGUGAAGAUCUGGUCCUCCGGCAGGGCCACUAACCCACAGGACAUUAACUGGAGGUGUAGGUUUAAGAAACCACUCCUUACUGGGUUUCAGAGUUGAGGAAGCCUCAAUGGAGAAGAGGCUGUCACUACAGUGCCUUCUGACAUUCAAGAGAGUGGCCCUAGAGUGUGACUACAGAAAACCCACCCAUUUGGUGCAGCCAUUAUGGAAAGCCAUAUGGAGGUUCCUCAGAAAAUUCAAAAUAGAACUGCAUUGUGAUCCAGCAUGUAUGUAUCCAAAGGAAAUGAAAUCACUGUCCUGAAGCGAUAUCAGCAGGCCAUGUUUGUUGCAGCUUUACCAGUAGCCAAGAUGCAAUAGCAAUAGCCAAGAUGUGAUAGCAAUAGCCAAGAUGCGAAAGUAACCUGUGUGCACUGAUGGAUGACUGAAUGAAGGAAAUGAACCCCAAUGGAACCUUAAUAAAGGCGAACCUGCCAUUUGCGAAAACAUGGAUGAACCUGCCAAGACGUUAUGCUAAACAGAAUAAGUCAGUCACAGAAAGACACAUACUGCAUAAUCCCACUUAAAUGUGGAAUCUUAAAAAGUCAAACUCAUGGAGACAGAGUAGGAAGGUAGUUACCGGAAGGGCUGGGGGAGGGUGGUAGAAGCAAUGGGGAGAUGUUAGUCAAAGGGUACAAACUUUCAGAUAUAAGAUGAAUACGUUCUAGAGAUCCAAUAUAUAGGAUGGUGACUACAGUUACUAAUAGUGCAUUAUACUUGAAAAUUGUGAGGAGAGAUCUUCAGUAUUCUCACCACAUACAAAAGUCACUGAAGUGAUGGAUGUGUUAAUUAGCCUGAUUGUGGUAAUCAUUUAGCAAUGUAUGCAUAUAUCAAAACAUGAUGUUUGGCUUAAAUUUAUACAAUUUAUUUAUUUUUAUUUUUUGAGAUGGAGUCUUGCUGUCACCCAGGCUGGAGUGCAGUGGCACGAUCUCAGCUCACUGCAGCCUCCACCUCCUGGGUUCAAGCAAGUCUCCUGCUUCAGCCUCCCGAUUAGCUGGGGUUACAGGCAUGCAUUACCAUGCCUGGCUAAUUUUUGUAUUUUUAGUAGAGAUGGGGUUUUACCAUGUUGGCCAGGCUGCUCUCAAACUCCUAACCUCAAGCCAUCAGCCCGCCUCAGCCUCCCAAAGUGCUGGGAUUACAGGUGUGAGCCACCAUGCCCGGCCUAAAUUUAUACAAUUUUAAUUUGUCAGUUAUACCUCAAUGAAGCUGGACAAAACAAAACAAAAACCCACCUCGCAUUCCACAGCUUGCUUGCUAGCCAGAAACUGUCCAGAGAAGGCCUCUGCUUCACUUCCUCCUUCCUAAUUUUGCACAGGUGACUCUAGUUGGUUCACAUCCUGAUCUCUAGCUGCAAGGUGUGGAGUUUGAAAAAUGUAGUGUUUAACCUUCUGUCCUCUCCAACUAGGAGACAGAUGAGGUAAGAUUUAAAAAGCCAGUCCCUAGUCUUUAUCACCUCAUGCUCGUCUGUGGUGAAUACUGCAGGGGCCUCUCAUUCCAGGUAUGUUGGUAUUGACCAGUGGUGAGAAGAUUCCAUGUGCAAUAUAAAUAAGACUCUUUGCUAAACACUGAAUCCAACUGUCAACAUUUUCCAAGCUUAUCUCUAGUACAAUACUGUGUGCUUUGUAACAGGGUUACUUUUAUUAAAAAUUAAUGUUGUGAUGUCCACCUCUGAUAUCUGUAAAAUAAACAAAGUGGGCCCCAAUCACUAACCGGUAGAUUUUGGUUUGUUUAUCUUUGAAGAAAACAAUGAGUCUGGAUUUCUGUUGAACACAGAAUGUUUUUUAUGGUUCAUAUCAUUACAUAAGAAGACUGGGCGAGUUGCAUUAUUUAUAUAAAAAUAUAUACUCAAUGUUUGGUAGGAACAGCAAUUUUAGCAUACUCUUCACUAUAAAAAUACGCAGGAGUGUAUGUUAGAUACAGGUAAAUAGCAAGGAAAACACAAACUGGCAUCAACUCUGGUCUUACCAGUCUGAUUUCUCUGGAGUGCAGAAUUACCCAUUUCUUGCAGCUCUGUGUUAAGCAUGUUCUGUAAAAGUUAAUCAAAUUUCUUUAACCUUUAGCUGAUAAAGCAGCAGGGAAUUAAGGUAGCCUAAUUAGUUUGGGAACUAAAUCAGACAGAACAGAACAGAGCACAAGGUAGGAUAAAUGGAUGUUUGGUGGCCUCAUCGGAAGAAAUAGGUUACCUUUGAUAUUAUGGUAAUUCUUUGUCAUUCAUGGGGUUCCUGAGAAGUGCCCUUGCUGAUAAAAACUAAAAUUGGCAAAUCAGUGUCUUUUUGAAAAUUCGGAGUUGGGAUAAAAUUAAGUAGCACAUACACAUCUAAUCCUACUUCACAUAUACACACAUAUAUUAUAAAAUAGAUAUAGUAAUGUUCCAAAGAUAUUUGCUUCCAAAACAGACUAUAUUCCUUGGUAAUUCUUUCAAAUCAUUUUCUUUUAUUGUUCAGGAAACUUUCCUGCAGCUGUGUCCUAGACUGAUCCAGCUGCCAGUUUUAUGCAGCCUAUACUCUCCCCCCAAGUUUGAUUAUGAAAAUUUUUAUACAUACAGCAAAGCUGAAAGAAUUUUACAGUAAACACCGGUAUACUUACCACCUGCAUAAUUUCUAUAUUUUAUAGGGAGGGAGCAGCGAGAGUUUUAACUCUUGAGUUAUUUCCUCCUCUGGAAUGUUUGAUCUUUGACUCUGAUAUAGGAUUGGCUACUUGGUCCACAACUCUGAGUUAGAGCCCCCUCCUCCCAAAGCUUUCAUCAGGCUUUUUGGACAAAGGAGCCCACCAGGAUUUCUCUACCUAGCCCACUCAGGGAAAUCCAAAGAAUUUUAUGUUCCCAGAUGGAGGUGUGGAGCCAGGAAACUCCUGCCUUUGAAACUGCCCCUCUAUGGACCCAGGAAGAGAAGUUUUUCUUUAACACAGUCCCUCAGUCCUUUAUCUCCCUGAGUCCCUAAAGUCCAUUGUAUUAUUAUUAUUAUUAUUAUUAUUAUUAUUAUGUCUUUGUAUCCUUAGCUCCCACUUACAAGUGAGAACAUAGGAUAUUUGGUUUUCCAUUCCUGAGUUGCUUCACUUAGAAUAAUGGGCUCCUACUCCAUCCGGGUUGCUGAGAAUGCCAUUGUUUAAUUUCUUACUCAGCCAUAAAAGGGAACAAAAUAAUGACAUUCGCAGCAACUGGUAUGAAGUUGCAUUCAGUAUUUUAUGGCCAAGUAGUAUUCAACCAUAAAAAGGAACGAAAUAAUAUGGUGUAUAUACCACAUUUUCUUUAUCCACUUGUUGGCUGAUGGGCAUUUAGCCUGGUUUCAUAUCUUUGCAGUUGCAAAUUGUGCUGCUAUAAACAUGCAUAUGCAUGUGUCUUUUUCAUAUAAUGACUUCUCUUUCUUUGGGUAAAUACCCACUAGUGGGAUUGCUGGAUCAAAUAGUAGUUCAACUUUUAUUUCUUGAAAGAAUCUCCACACUGUUUUCCAUAGUGGUUAUACUAGUUUACUUUCUACCAGCAGUGUAAAAAUGUUCUCUUUUCUUCACAUU